CGAGAUUCAACCACCGUUCAGUUCAGACGCUAAGAAGAGACCGUCGUAUCGCUCCGCUCCCCACCGCUGACAUUUGUUUCACGGGAACGGAUCUUCAACAGCGAAGAUGUUGAGCAGCUCCUCUCCCCCUCAGCCGCUUCAAACAGGAGGCAGCAGCUUUUAUGCAGGAUUCACCCGAUUGUGCAAAGGCCUUGCUGUGGUUCUAGUUGGAGGAUAUGUUCUGCUUCAAGUCUUUCCUUCAAUUCUCCCUUAUGUAGUCCUUAUUCCCUCAAGGACAAUUCCGUUUGCAUGGAACCUUAUCACCGCUGGUUAUGUUGAGCAAUCAAUUUUAGGGGUGGCAAUCAGCACAGUUGGUCUUCUUUUAUUUGGGAGGUGGCUGGAGCCAUUGUGGGGUUCUAAGGAGUUCUUAAAGUUCAUCAUAGUGGUGAAUUUAUUAACUUCGAUUUGCGUCUUUGUAACUGCUAUUGCUCUGUACUAUAUUACAAGACAGGAAAGCUAUCUAUAUACAGCAUUUUCUGGCUUCCAUGGGGUCCUUUCAGGAUUUCUUGUAGGCUUGAAGCAAAUUCUACCAGAUCAGGAGCUCAGUCUUUUUAUUUUAAAGAUCAAAGCAAAGUGGAUGCCAACUCUCGUUGCAUUGAUCUCAGUUGCCACAAGCUUCUUCACAAUGGAUUCUGUGUCUUACCUUCCAACUUUAUUAUUUGGCAUAUAUAUGAGUUGGAUAUACUUGCGUUACUUUCAAAGGCGACCAGCAACAAGUCUCAAGGGAGAUCCAAGUGAUGAUUUCUCAUUUUCAAGCUUCUUCCCUGAAUUCUUGUGGCCAGUAUUGGACCCCAUUGCUUCAUUAUUUCAUUGGGUUUUUUGUGGAAGAAUAUCUGAUAGCUCUGCUGAUACAAGAGGUGACACAUUAGAUGGAUCUCCGAUGCCCGGUUCUGAUUCAAUUGACGCGAUCAGAAGAAGAGAACGGGGAGCAAGGGCACUGGAACAAAGACUAGCAGCUGAGAAACUAUCCACGACGGGGAAAUUAGAAGGGACAUCACAUGAAGGUGCUGCAGAAAAUGUUUGAGUUCUCUCUAAGAGUUCUUUAAAGUACAAAUCUGCUGUUACAUGUCUCUGAAGUAAGAGGAUAAAUCCUUUCAACAACUUUUCCGGCAGCUACUGAUGCAGUGGAAACCGAGUUAAAACACUUGGGACCUUACCGAAUCACGGUUUAUUUCAUAUCAUGAUGUGUGAAUACACGCAAGUGUACCAUUUGGGGAGAGUAAUCUUGGAUGAGUGAGCUACUUGUUCUUCUCAUCUUUCAAGAGGAAAGGUUGAUUGCCAUGAGAAAGCUUGGGUUACCACUAUGGUUUUUAUACCCUUCUUCGAGAUGGGCAAUUUUAUCAGUCUUUAUUCAUGAUAGCCACUAAUGUUAUCAUGUUGCCUCAGAUCAUUAAAGAUGCUUGCUGAGUCGAUCCUGAUAAGACAUUAGGCUCAAAUGCCCUCCUUGGUUGAACUCGCUCAUGCAUGUGGAAAUAUAUUUCACUGUAGUUCAAUUAUUAUA